AUGCCCGAAACCUCCAACGCCUUGAUAGACCAGUUGGUCUACAUCGAUAACUUCAUAAAUAAUACCGCUGAAGAUACUCCGAAUCUUGAUGUCGAUAGCCAGUUGCUGCUUGACCUCGCGGCUUUCGCUGACGACUCGUUUGUCUUUCCUGACGAGGAUAAGCCCAAAAACGAAGAUGAAGACCCUCACGAUGAAUUCCACCAGGAGCCUUCAAACUCUGCCUCCUUGGGAAAUAACGACUCGUGGUUUGGUCUGUUCAACAAGAAGGGCUCCAAAGACAAAGACGCAAAGGGCCUCAGUGUCAACGAACGCACCAAACUAGCCAAAAUGAAUCGCCUAAAUCACUACCAGCAAAGACACGUCGAUGCGCUGAAUACACCUACGCUUCCGAGCCAGGCUCACAAUAACGAGAAUGGAAUUCACUACAACGAGACUGGUAUUUCCGCAGCAUCGUUUGCCCCCAGCGAGCCUUCGAACGAGUCCAACAAUAUAUUCAAGGAUCCCCAGCCCGAUCUUUCAAACCUACCUAAGUUUCCCGUACCUUCCGGAGCCAAGAACUCUCUCCAACAGGCUGGACUCAGUCAGUAUCAAAUCGAGUUGCUUUCAGCGCUUAUAGCACAACACCAAGGCACUCUAGAUCAGCAACAUGCUGACCCUUAUCAAAACCAAGACCAGAACUCAAAGCAAGAUCAAAGCCGAAGCAAUCGUGACCCAAACUACGCAAACGUGUUUGCCAUCGCACCUACGCUAGCUUACCACUCUGCAGAUACUCCAGGAUCUGUAGGAUCAGCCUUCAGCUCUGGAAGCAGUUCGCACGCAAGCUCCGCUCUUGCAACACCAAGUAUUCUGAGUGCAAGUGACUUUGCCGCUGGUGAAGGCAGAAACUCUGUCUCCGGCGAAGGAAGACCCGUAGAUCGCUCGUCAGAACUUGACAAGCGAAAACGCAACACAGCAGCCAGUGCACGUUUUAGGAUUAAGAAGAAAAUGAAGGAGAAAGAGUUGGAAGCCAAGAUUCAGCAUUUGGACGAGCUUAUUCGUCAGUUCGAAAUUAAAGUGGGUGAGCUCCAAAUGGAGAAUAGACUUCUCAAGAAUCUUAUUAUCGAAAAAGGCAACCGCAAUUCAGACGAGGAGCUUCUAUUAUUGAAGGAGAGGGUCAAGUCGGAGAAACGCGAUUAG